CUUCUUCUUCUCGUCUUCCUUUCCCGGGUAACUUGGCUUUUCUCGCCUUCCAGCUCCGGUGCACGUCUUCCCCGGGCCCAGCGUUCUCUCUCCUCCUCUAUCUCUACACGGAUUUAUAGCGGAACACACGGAAAGUAAUGUCGGACUACAGCUCGGUGCCGCCUUCCGGGGCCGGAGCAGCAGCACUGGGAGCCGCCGGGAUAAAGAAGGACGCGUUCGCGGAUGCGGUGCAGCGCGCGCGGCAGGUGAGAGAGACAGCGCGCGAGCGGCCUGAAAAAAACACAAUUGCAGCUAAGAUCGGUGGAGAUGUUGCAGGCGGCCCUGUGAGCAAUAACGGUGGUGCCGAGGGGUAUCCUUUCUCAGCACAGAAACGAUCGCUGGAGGACGGAGGUAUAUUCACACAUAAUGAUCAGCCGGACAGUAAGAGGAUGGCUCCUCAGAGCGACCGGGACAACGCUACAGCGCUCUCUAUCAGUGCUCAGCUGGCUGCUCUCUCUCAGCAGAGUGGACGUCCUUCUGCUAUAACCGAGGAGUACAGAGUUCCGGACGGCAUGGUGGGCCUCAUCAUUGGUCGAGGAGGAGAGCAGAUCAAUAAGAUCCAGCAGGAGUCGGGGUGUAAGGUUCAGAUCGCGCCAGACAGCGGAGGUUUACCCGACAGAAGUGUCUCUCUCACCGGGUCUCAUGACUCCAUUCAGAAGGCCAAGAUGCUGUUAGAUGACAUCGUGUCACGGGGUCGGGGAACACCGCCCACCUCCUUCCACGAGGCCAACGGGAGCGGCCACAUGCAGGAGAUGAUCAUCCCGGCGGGAAAAGCCGGACUCGUCAUCGGCAAAGGAGGAGAAACCAUCAAACAGCUCCAGGAACGUGCUGGUGUGAAGAUGAUCUUGAUACAGGAUCCGUCUCAGGGACCGAACAUGGACAAACCCCUUCGCAUCAUUGGAGAUCCCUACAAAGUGCAGCAAGCGAGGGAGAUGGUGCAGGAGAUUCUGCGUGAGAGGGAUCAGUUUGGAGGAGACCGGAACGAAUAUGGCUCCCGCAUGGGAGGCGGUGGCGGAGGAGGUGGCGGCGGCGGAGGAGGUGGCGGAAUAGAGGUGCCUGUACCUCGUCACUCCGUGGGCGUGGUUAUUGGCCGAAGCGGUGAGAUGAUCAAAAAGAUUCAGAACGAUGCAGGAGUCAGGAUACAGUUCAAACCAGAUGAUGGGAGUGGACCCGAUAAGAUCGCUCACAUCAUGGGGCCUCCUGACCGCUGUGAGCACGCAGCCGGCAUCAUCAACGAGCUCCUACAGAGUAUCCGGGUGCGAGAGGAGGGAGGAGGGGGACCCCCUGGUCCUCCUGGGACAGGUAUGCCUCCGGGUGGGCGUGGCAGGGGGCGUGGUCCAGGUAACUGGGGUCCCCCUGGUGGUGAGAUGACCUUCUCUAUCCCCGCCCACAAGUGCGGCCUGGUGAUUGGCCGAGGAGGCGAGAACGUGAAGUCGAUCAACCAGCAGACGGGCGCGUUCGUGGAGAUCUCGCGCCAGCCGCCGCCCAACGGAGACCCCAACUUCAAACUGUUCACCAUCCGGGGGAAUCCGCAGCAGAUCGACCACGCCAAGCAGCUCAUCGAGGACAAGAUAGAGGGUCCUCUGUGUCCUGUAGGUCCCGGUCCCGGUGGUCCCGGUCCAGCUGGCCCAAUGGGUCCAUACAACCCAAAUCCGUAUCAGCCCGGACCUCCAGGAGCCCCACCACAUGGAGGUCCUCCAGGUGCCCAUCAGUACCCCCCUCAGGGUUGGGGAAACGCCUACCAGCAGUGGCAGCCGCCUGCACCUCAUGACCCCAGUAAAGCUGCAGCGGAUCACAGUGCUGCCUGGGCAGCAUAUUAUGCGCAGUACUACCAGCAGCCUGGUGGAGGCGCUAUGCCCGGCCAGUCACCCAGCGCACAGCCCGCUGCUCCCGCCCCCACCGACCAGAACCAAGUGGCUCAGAACACGGGGCAGCCCGACUACACCAAGGCCUGGGAGGAGUACUACAAGAAAAUGGGUGAGACUCAGGCAGGAGGUGGCGCUGCUCCAGCAGCAGGUGGCGCUCCAGCAGCGACAGGAGCAGCAGGACAGACUGACUACAGCGCCGCCUGGGCCGAGUACUACAGACAGCAAGCGGCUUAUUACGGCCAAAACCCACAGAACCCCGGACAGCCUGCAGCCACGCAGCAGGGCCAACAGGCGCAGUAAACGUGGCCACACCCACUUCCUCACCAAGACUCCUGCCCCUUUUUGCUUUUUGGUCCCUCCUUCCUUUUUGGCCCCUCCUAUCAUCACUUGUUGAUGACCGCUAAUCCUCCCGCAGCUGACGAACGGACACGAACAAACACAACCUUGUAAAUGAUCCGUCCCCCCCCACCUCUUGCUCGCUCGCGCUCUCUCUCUCUCUCUCUCUCUCUCUCUCUCUCUCUCGUAAUUUUUCUCCAAACUGAAAUGGACUAAAACCAAGCGUAGCUGACUUUUAUUUUAUUUGUCCUCCUCCCCCUUCACCGCUCAUCCUCCUCAUCCUCUUAAAUGUGAUUAAUUAAAAUCCGUUGCCGCGGAAAUGAAAGGGAAUGCUUUUGAAUCAUUGCCAGCUAUCCCGCCUCCCUUAAACGGACUCGCACUUCGUCUUUUUUUUUGUUUGUUUGUUUUUGUUUUUUCCCCCCUCCUCCAUUAAGGUGUUUAUACUGCAUCUAAAACUGUGUACAAAUCGUUCUCUUUUUUUUUUUGUUUUUAGACUUUUUAAUUUUGUUUUAAAAAUGGAAAUCGGUUGAGUUUGGAACAUUCCCAGUGUGUAUGGUAGUCCCCCCCCCCCCAUUUGGAGCUAUUUUUAAGUGUUUCAGUGCUGCCCAGGUGUGUGCGUGCGCGUGUGUGUUUGCAUGGUGUGUGUGUUUGGUGUGAAUGGUCAUGUCUGACACACAUCUAUAUCUCCCCUCCUCCCAUUUUCCUCCCAGGUUCAUGAAGCUCUGAUGUUGUUGUUAUUAUAUAGAGGUAUAUAUUGAACGCUUGGGUGGGUUUUUUUUUUUUAUUUUUAUUUUUUUUUACUUUUUACCGCUUGUUUUUAAAACCUUCACAAUAAAAAAAGAAAAAAGAAAAGAAAAACGAAAUGCAGACCGUUUUUUUUUCUUCGUCUUGUUCACUUUGCUACCGAGUCAGCAGGGUGUACAAAAAUAUUUUGUUUAUAACGCGGAAUCGAUUCUCAUAAAUGUGAUCCGGUGUUUCACUCGAGAUUGUGUAAUCGAGGGUUUUUUUUUUUUUUUUUUUCUUUCUGUAACACGUUUCAAUAAAAAUCCAAAAGUCAUGA